GAUAAGCCCUAACUGCCGGAAGAAAUUUCUAUCUGCUUUUCACUGACGUCGUUGAUACCGUCGUUCAUCACCUACAGUCGCCGAUCGCUGACCAUCCGCAGCGUCUUACAUUGCCAUUCUAUGCCGCCGGGUCCUUAGCCCAACGGCUGUUUGUCACACGUGUCACAUAAUUCUCGCUACCGCCGCCUGUCGUUGCCCAUCGCCGUCCAUAGGACAACCAUCAACGCACCGCUCCAAACACGAUCCGUAUCUGAAGGGAGAAAUCCUAGUCGCCACAGUUUUCUCCUCUGUUUUCAUUUCAAUUGUGCCGCCCCACAUCCUCGAUCUUGUAUUGAUUUGUCGCCGCCACUCACCACCGGCUGCCGACUGCCGCGGCUCAAUUUCUGAAGGGUGUUUCGUUUGUGAAAGUGAAAAGGAAAAAAGAAAAAGAUAUCCGAACAGCCCAUCGGUGAGGACUGAAUUGAGUGAAAGAUCUUGCAUCUGAUAUCAUUCUCAAAUCUCCAGGCCUGGCUUGAUAGCUAUUCUGAGUUCUUAGUCACUACGAAACUUAGAUGCUGGGCAUUUCAUAUGGAGAACUCCUCCUCCUUAUUGGGGCUACUGUUGCCUUCAUUGGGCCAAAGGAUCUCCCACGAAUUGCGAGAAUGGCGGGAAGGAGGGCUGGAAAAGCAAUCGGAUACGUUCAGUUAGCUCGAGGUCAGUUCGACUCUGUCAUGCAACAAACCCAGGCUCGUCAGGUUCACAAGGAAUUGCAAGACACUAUGGCGCAGCUUGAUGCUAUUCGUCAUGAAAUUCGAAGCAUAUCGUUCUUGAAUCCCGGGACAUUGACUCAGAGGCUUGUGGACAAUCCUGAGCUGAAAGCAGCUGAUAGUGGUGUAACUAGUGAUUCAGCAAAAGAAAAACCUUCUGUGGAGAUUACACCAACGGCUGAGGGGACUACACCAGCAGCUAACAUCCUCAAGGUUGCAACUUCACAAAUAUCGAUCGAGCACAGCCGAGCGACUACAUUUGCCAAAUUGGCUGAAUCACCGACCAUAAGGAAUGGUUCCUCUGCCUCAUUUCCAGUUGCUACAGAUGUUGAGAAGCCUAACGAUGAGCUCGGGGUUCCUUCCGUUUUACCUGUAUCUGCUGAAAAUGCUGGGAUGUUACCUAAACGCCCGGAGGAGUUAAAAGGGUCUGACAUAAUGUUAGAAGCAGUAUUGGAAGCAGAGGUGGCUAACAGUGCAAAAGAAUUUUUCUCGCAUCAUCAAAUUCAAAUGAAACAGGAACAAGAAUCAUAAUUUCAUUGAUGAAUGGUCUAUAAAUGAAGUUCAGAAGGUUCAAAAAGCGUACCCCAGGUAUUCCCCUGACUUCAUACCCCUGACUUCAUAUGUGUGCCAUUUGUGUAAGAGAAUGAAUUAAAUAGAAGGUUACAGUUUGCUCCUUUUGUAUGUAUAGUUUACUUACUUUUGCUUGUUGAAAAGAAAUAGGGGGAUAAGAAACACUUAUUCUGCUCGUACUUAAUGAUCUUCGGUGCCUCUAUGGUUUAUGAUCAAUUGUUUUCACUGCUUCUUAUAAGUCGAUGAGCAUGUGCUGGGUCGCUGCUUGAAUGCUUCUUGUUACUUAAAAGGCUUAUGUUGUAACACCUCAAACCCAACCCAACACUAGCGGAUAUUGUUCUUUUUGGGCUUUCC